GCAGCAAGACGACCAACCAAUCACCAACACCGCGCGUCUCUUCUUUCUUUUGAUUCCAGGAUACUACUUAUAAGUUAAUUAGAUUCCUUUCUUUCUUUUCCACUCUGUCAAGGACAGCAGAUAUUCAGAAAGAGACCCUUCCUAGAUAUCACGACCAUCGCCAUGGCUGAACCGGCGUCCCAGCAACAGCCGUUGGAAGGCGGCAAGAUUCUCACGCCAGACGCCAUCGCCAACAUUCUCUCGUCCGCUUCGGCCUGGGCUGAUCCAGGCUCCGUAGACCAGGGCCGCGCGCACAGGACCGCACUGCUGGGCGAUGUACUCUUCACUGCGCAGCAGCUAUGGAACUGUGGCAGUCAAGAGAUUGACAUUGUUGCGGAGAAGCUGGGCGAUGGAAGCAGAGAUGCAUCAUGGAGACUGCCCCUGGGAGACUCGGGCAUCGUCGACUUCUUCCUCUCUGUCAUUUCCACAGAGAACCUCAGACCAGCCUUGAAGAAGCACUCUCUUCGUCUCCUCGGCAACUCAUGCGCCGACACAGAUGAAAACCGCGCAAGGGUCGUGGCAUCAAACGCAAUCACCGCCGUCAUCAGCUUCCUCGCCGACGACGCCGCCCUCCCCUUCGCCGUGCCAGUCCUCUACAACAUCCUCGUCGACUACGAGCCCGCCCAGAUCCAAGCAAGCUCCUCCUCGCUCACCCUCCACCUCGUCAACCUCCUCACCAACCCACGCCUCGCCCACGCGCCGCAUCUAAUGGGCAUCAUUGGCAAGAUCCUCGCCUUGCUCGCCACGCACGAAACCGAAGCCAACUUUGCACCCCCGCAAACACCAACCAUCCUCCUCAACCUCGCCCUCACACCCACAACAGACGCAGAAGACUUCGUCUCCCUCACCGCCGUCGCCCUAGCCUACCUAACCCACGCGCCCAUCCAAGCCGCCCUCAUCACAACCGGCUCCGUCCCCAUCCUCCUCGCCACAUUCUACCACCUCCAAACCCAGCUCGACGCCCUCCGCGUCGAAGACGAAGACGCCGUCGUCCUCCUCAAGUCCUUACCGCAGUCCUUUAUCCAGAUCCUCGCCGACGUCUCCUACGCAGACGACUUUUCCCUCCACAACCCCAUCGGCUCCCCCGUCCUCGACACCCUCCACUGCUGGCUCGCCACGACAAACACCCACCUCCAGUCCGCAGCCUGCCUCUGCCUAGGCAACGUCGCCCGCUCCGACGAAGCCUCCUACGCCCUCGUCAAAUCCCACGCCGUCCACGUCCCCCUCACCGCCCUCCUCGCCACAGCAACAGACACAAUGCUCCUCCACGCCGCCCUCUCCUUUGGCAAAAACCUCGCCAUCCCCUCCCAGAACAAACCCGUCCUCGGCGACGCGGGCCUCUUCUCCCCCGACAUUCUCCCCCGCAUCUGGUCCCUCGACGUCAACCCUCAAAUCCAAUUCACAGCCGUCUCCCUAACCCGCCUCCUCCUCGUAAACACACCCGCCAACGUCCGCCGCCUCUGCGCGCCCCUCUCCCCGGACCCCCUCUCCCCCUCGCACGAGACAACGCACCUCCACCGCCUCCUCGACAUGGUCUCCCGCACCGACGCAGAACACACAAAGACAGAAGCCGCCCGCGCCGCCGCAGCCGUCUGCCGCGUCCUGCACACCGCGCCCAUCCCGCCCAUCCUGCCAGACUGGGACCCGUCCGAAGACGGCUACGUCUUCCGCCCCGAGAAGCCGCUGUCCCCGACGGCCGUGGCCGAAGCAGAACGCGACGGCGGCGCGAAGCGUAGGGAGAAGUUUUACAGGCGGCACCCGGGGCUGAAUAAGGCCCUCGCGUUCCUCGUCACGCAGACAAAGUUCCCCGUGCUUCGCAGCGAGGCGUGGUUCGUCUUUGCGCUCAUGUGUCGCGCCAAGGACGGCGCUGACAUGGUGUUGCGCACGCUGCAAGUUCCCGGUGCGUUUGAGGCGUUGACGGAGGCCGUUACCGGACGGACGUUUUCUAGGGAGGGUAGCAGCGGCAGUACGGAUCAGAAGGCUAUUGAGGGGGCACCGGCUGCGGGUGGUGAUGGACAGGCGGUGGUUGUCAGCGGUGGAGAUAAUGCUGCCAUGGUGGAGGGCCUUGGGCUGGAGCCGCAGCAGGCUGACCCGUCGCAGGCGGCGGGCAUGAAGAAGGUUGAUCGGGAGAAUGGGUUGGUUAUGGUGUCGGAGCUGGUUAGGAGGCAUGCGGAUGAGUUGCCGGCUGUUAGGAGGGCUGCGUUUGAGGAGAUGUUGAAAGAGGGUGGCGAGCUGAUGGCUGAUGAGAAGGGGAAGGGCAAAGCGUAGUUGAGAUAUUGAAGAACUCGACGCCUGAACGAACUGCUGCUCCUCGAAUACUUCGUGAUCUCCUAACAAUGUGGGAACAGUAACACCCAUGUUCUGUACUAUUUUGGAUCACGAGGUUCGAGAAAACUUAGAUCACAUCAUCACCGAAUGGAACCACAAUUGGAAAUAAAAGCAAUCGAAUCAAUCCUUUAGUCUACUCCAGUCACCUUUGACCCAUGAUACACGUCACGUCGUUUUCGUACGAUGCGUCUUCCUACGCCCGUCGAAUAGACGACGGGAACUUGGGCAGUGGUAGGGGGCAGCAAUCGACACAAGCGGGCGUGAUCAAUGCAAUAAUUUCUUUAUGACCUUGUCCUGAGAGUAUCUCAUUCCACUGAACCCACGCCAGGCCAGAAGAUAACAACCCGACCUCCGAAGAACUUUUUUCCCUUCUCCGAAAGUGUUUUUGAU